AGUCAAUGAGAGGACUUCAGUCACAGCAGCACGCAGGUCUACUGAGCAGAUCAGAUGACAUGCUCAGGAAAUUAACAAGAAGAGCUAUCAGUUUCUUUCUCUAAGCCUUCUGAAAUCUGAGCCUCUGCAGAAGACUAAACCCUGGGGCCUUACCUACAGAAAUGGACAGAAGCUUGUAUACUCUCAUUUUCAAGAACCCAAAAAUUUUUUUAAAGGAAGGAGUCAACUUUGGCUUUGAGUGUUCAGCCUGGGUACAAUGCCUUUAAAAAGCAGAUGACCAGCUUAGCUACCGACCAUGCAGACCAUUGUCCGGAAUUGGAUCACAUCACACAAAAACAGCGAAUGGCCUUCUCUUACAGAAGAAUAUCAGAACAGAGCACAAUUCCUGAGCACAUUUUGCAGAGCUCCUUUCAUCACUUAAUCUUUGCUAACUGGUCUGGAUUACAGACAGAAUCGAUACCAGAGGAAAUGAAACAGACUGGUGAGCAACAGGGAAAUAAACCACGCUGGGCAGCUCUUCUGAUACUCCUGGUGAUAAUACCCACAAUUGGUGGGAACAUCCUUGUUAUUCUGGCUGUUUCACUGGAGAAAAAGCUGCAGUAUGCUACUAAUUAUUUUCUAAUGUCCCUGGCAGUGGCUGAUUUGCUGGUUGGAUUGUUUGUGAUGCCGAUUGCCCUCUUGACAAUAAUGUUUGAGGCUAUGUGGCCCCUCCCACUUGUUCUAUGCCCUGCCUGGUUAUUUCUUGAUGUUCUUUUUUCUACUGCAUCCAUCAUGCAUCUCUGUGCCAUUUCCGUGGAUCGUUACAUAGCCAUCAAAAAGCCAAUCCAGGCCAAUCAAUAUAACUCACGAGCCACAGCACUCAUCAAGAUUACAGUGGUAUGGCUAAUUUCAACAGGCAUUGCCAUUCCAGUACCCAUUAGAGGGAUAGAAACUGAUGCAGGUAACCCAAGCAACAUCACCUGUAUGCUGACAAAGGAUCGUUUUGGCAACUUCAUGCUCUUUGGCUCACUGGCUGCCUUCUUCACACCUCUGGCAAUCAUGAUUGUCACCUACUUUCUCACUAUCCAAGCUUUACAGAAGAAAGCUUACUUGGUCAAAAAUAAGCCACCUCAACGCCUAACGUGGUUGGCUGUGUCUACAGUCUUCCAAAGUUCCAAAGAAACACCUUGCUCAUCACCUGAAAAGGUGGCAAUGCUGCAUAGUUCCCACAAAGGCAAAACUCUGCCCAACUCAAGUGAUAAGAUACGAAGGCGAAGAAUGUCCACAGUUGGAAAAAAGUCUGUGCAGACCAUUUCCAAUGAACAGAGAGCCUCUAAGGUUCUAGGAAUUGUUUUUUUUCUCUUUUUGCUUAUGUGGUGCCCCUUUUUUAUUACAAAUAUAACUUUAGUUUUAUGUGAUUCCUGCAACCAGACUACUCUCAAAAGGCUCCUAGAGGUAUUUGUGUGGAUAGGCUACGUUUCCUCAGGGGUGAAUCCUUUGGUCUACACCCUCUUCAAUAAGACAUUUCGGAACGCAUUUGGCCGAUACAUCAGCUGCAAUUACCGGGCCAUAAAAUCAGUAAAAACCGUCAGAAAAUGUUCCAGCAAUAUCUACUUCCAAAAUCCAAGGGCAGAGAACUCUAAGUUUUUCAUGAAACAUGGAAUGAGAAAUGGGAUUAAUCCUGCCAUGUUCCAGAGCCCAAUGAGGCUCCGCAGUUCAAACAUUCAGGCUUCCUCAAUCAUUCUAUUAGAUACACUUCUCCUCACAGAAUAUGAAGGUGACAAAACUGAAGAGCAAGUCAGUUAUGUAUAGAAGGAAUGUCAGUUUUCAUCUAAUUAAUAUAACAAUGAAUAAGGUGAUGAAGAUGAUAUAAAUGUACCAAGAAUUAUAAAAGAAGAACUUUAUGUCAUGUA